CAGGCAGAGCAGCACAGGGAACGUGAAACAACCACGUCUCCAAUCUGACACCGAAGUCGCCUGUGGAGAGGGAAAGAUCAGCGGACAAAAGAAAACGCAAGAUAAGAGCAUAGAGCGAAACCAAGACAAGUACAUUUAACCUUUGAAGAUAGUUUUCUAUUUUUUGGGGUCCAGUUUUACUUUUGAAAAGCUUUUCAUUAAUAAUGAUUAUGCACACUUUAUAAAUUAGGCAAGUUAGGUUUUCGUUCUUUUUUUUUUGUGCGCUUUUUGAGUUUUAAGGAAACGUUCUCACUGUUGGAAUGGUCUGAUUCAGGAGAAUCUGCUGCGGAAACCUAGACAAGAAAACUAAGAACGGAGCCUAGAGCGUUUUUGUGUCUCGAGUUCAGUAGUCUCGCGCAUUGAGGAAUGUUACUGAAGCUUCAGUCGUUACUCGCCCUCGCCAGCGUAUUUCUGGUGCAAAGCGGGACCAGUGACAAAGAAGUCAGACCAGAGGCAUGGCUUCAGCAGUAUGGGUAUCUUCCUCCUGGCGAUGUUCGGGCUCAGGCAAUUCGCUCUCCUAAAUCCAUCAUCACUGCUAUAUCCGCUAUGCAGAAGUUCUAUGGCCUCACUGUCACCGGCACUAUGGAUCCAGCCACUCUCUCGGCCAUGCAGCGGCCAAGGUGUGGAGUUCCAGAUAAAUUUGGCUCUGAACUGAAGAGCAACCUACGAAAGAAACGCUAUGUCAUCCAGGGCCUGAAAUGGGAAAAAAAAGAAGUCACUUUCAGUAUCCAGAACUACACUCCUAAAGUGGGCGAACAAGCCACACACGAGGCCAUCAGGAAGGCCUUCAAGGUUUGGGAAGCUGUGAUCCCACUCAAGUUCCGUGAAAUCCCAUACAGUCAAAUCAAUGGCAAAGUGGACAAGUUUGCAGAUAUCAUGCUUUACUUUGCGGAAGGCUUUCACGGAGACAGCACCCCAUUUGAUGGCGAGGGAGGUUUCUUGGCCCAUGCAUACUUCCCUGGUCAAGGUAUCGGAGGUGAUACCCAUUUCGAUGCAGCAGAGCCUUGGACAACAGGCAAUGUUGACCAGGGAGGUAAUGAUGUGUUCCUGGUGGCAGUGCAUGAAUUGGGUCAUGCUCUGGGUUUGGAACACUCAGGCGAUCCCUCUGCCAUCAUGGCUCCCUUUUACCAGUGGAUGGACACAGAGAACUUUGUGCUUCCUGAUGAUGACAGACGGGGGAUCCAGCAAAUAUAUGGUGCUGGCUCUGGUGAGGUGCCCCAGCCUCCGGCCCCCCGGCCCCCCCCUCAUCGCCCUCCGCAGAAGUCAAAACCAGCCCACCCCAACUCCAAACCCAACAUCUGUGACGGAGGGUUCAACACUUUGGCAAUCCUACGACAGGAGCUGUUCGUCUUCAAGGAUCAGUGGUUCUGGAGGGUGCGAGAUAAUUCUGUGGUGCCUGGAUACCCGAUGCAAAUUAGCUACUUCUGGAGAGGUUUGCCUCCCAAGAUCGAUGCCGUCUACGAAAACAGCGAGGGGAAAUUUGUCUUCUUCAAAGGCAACCGGUUCUGGGUGUUUAAGGAUACAACUCUACAGCCCACAUAUCCUCAGGACAUUUCUCUUUUUGGCAGUGGAAUGCCCACACAGAGCAUUGAAACAGCUGUUUGGUGGGAAGACGUGGCCAAAACCUACUUCUUCAAAGGGGACAGAUACUGGAGGUACAAUGAGGAUAUGAGAACCAUGGACCCUGGAUAUCCAAAACCCAUUACUGUGUGGAAAGGCAUUCCAGACUCUCCACAGGGAGCUUUUGUGGACAAAGAAAAUGGGUUCACGUACUUCUACAAGGGAAAGGAAUAUUGGAAGUUCAACAACCAGAGACUCAGAGUGGAGCCUGGCUACCCAAGGUCCAUCCUGCGUGAUUUUAUGGGCUGCGAUGGCUUACCCGCCGACCCCGACUGGGACUGGAGCCCUCCACAGGAAGAAGAACCGCCACAAUAUGACAAUGAUGACGUUGACAUCGUACUCAAGCUGGAGAGCAGCGGUGGAGCAGAGAAAGCGGUGGCCAUCGCCAUCCCGUGCGUCCUGGCCCUGUGCAUGAUGGUGCUGCUUUACACCGUGUUCCGCUUCAAAAGGAAGGAUACGCAGCGCCACAUACUGUACUGCAAGAGAUCCAUGCAGGAGUGGGUCUGAGAAUUAAAGCUCUCGCUCCUUCUGCUAAAACUAUUUUCCUCUUCAAAAUCCCUUCAAAGGUCAAAAAGUGGCUCAUCUUGAGGUGCUGACUUUAUGUCGGUGACUUUAUGAAGGACGACAUAAUGAACAGCAUGCCGACUUCCUGUUCCCAUUGUCAGUCUCCGUAGAUGGCAAUGUGUCGUUUUUGUAUGGUUUUGGAACUCUGUGUGGCCAAUCUUGGCGGCCAUUUUGGUUCCUAGAGUCCAAUGUGGGAGUAAACUGUUACUCUACAAACCGUAAUUAUAAACUUUUCAAUUGAUUUUAGAAUUAUUUAUCAUCAGACUGCUGAUCUAGAUACUCCAUGAAGGUUGAACUCACCUGUGUCACUCCGAAAUACUUGCUUGUGUUGAAAAAACUGAUACCCAAACCAAAUAUGCCCUUAGUGUCCAAAGAGGAUUGCUUCAUUCACAUGGGAUAUUCUGAGAUGACUGGCUUAUCGAUCAUUAUUUGAGUUCUAUUUGGCUGCAUUCAUCUGCAGAGUACAUGGGAUCUAUCUGCUUGGAAAUCAGAAGGACCUUGACAUAUAACAUCGGGGCUACAUGCAAUAUUUCGUCGAAUGCCUUAAUCACAUAUUGAGUUUAUUUUUCUGUGUGUUAGUGUACAUGUGCCUGUGUGAAUGUGACCCCUUUCCUUAAAUUCCUUUGCUUAUCACUGUUCUUUUGAUGCACUACUGACUGACAGAGACUUGCAGUAAGAUCUGAAGUGCCGCUGACUGUUUAAAUGUUUAAUUAAAAACGAGUGUAUGUCCACGUUCUGUGCUGCUGCGACUCCAAAGUGUCCCGCAGCACAAAACCUUAGCUUUUUGGUCACGUGCUUCCAAUCAAUUCGUAGGGAAUUUAUUAAACGCAGAAAUGCCGUUUAGCAGAAAUACCUAACGGACCUUUUUUGAGAAUCAGAUUACGAACCUUAAAAAAAUAACGUGAAAAUGUUAGUUAUAUAUCAAAACACUCAUGUUAGCACAGUUUUCAAUGCAAUGUCUAGGCAAUAUUUGAGGUUCCUUGACAAAAUACUUGUGCUUGCAAGGCAGCAAGUGAAUUGUGGUAAAGAUCUCGUGCAUCUGUUGAGCGUGUUCUAGAACCAACAAAUAUUAUAAGAUAGACUUUUAGGUGUAAAGCCAGUAUUGACAUGAAAACUGCAUUGCCUUGUUUUAUUCAGUGCUGUGCGUGAACACAUUUGUUCAACACGUGCACACUAGUAAGUUUCAUCUUUGUUCAGUGUCUCUGCUACUUUACUUCACAAUUCACUAGAGAAACAUUUUUAAUGUCCGAUGAUUUUAAACAUUGUGUUGUGCUCGCAGGUCAAAUUGACCUUAAUUGCCUUCAAUAAAAUUCCCUAAACAUCAUUAUUAAAAACAAGAAGGAAUCAGGUGUAAACAGAAAAAAUUAAA